AUGACGAAGUUGAUCCUGUCUACAGGAAACAUUGUCUCGGGGGGGCCGUCCAUUAUCCGGAAGCCUGGCACCUUCAGAUCCAAUCUCGAACUCACCAAUUCCUUAAGAAGCAACUUCCUUGCUGCACAGCAGGAUUACGCCGAGGCGCCGGACCGUAGGAACGGUAACACGAAUGGCGCAAACGGUGCGUCGAAUGACGCGCAUUCCUCUCCCGCGCGCCGACGACCCGCGGUCGAGGCCUGGACAGAACGCGACGGUCCAGUCCUCUAUGUCCCCCGCAUAAGCUGGUCCGUUGCGGGGUUGCACGAGGAGAGGAGCCAAUAUGAUAUCACUCUUAAGCUUUUCUUCCUGCCUGAUGCUCCCGUCCACGAACGCGCCCAGUAUGUGACGGAAGCUCUAAGUCUGGUACACAAGGAGCUCGGCAUUACGACCAUUGAUCUCCUAAUUGCGUCGUUCCCCGGCAUGUCGUUCGAGGGAGACUGCGAAUGGGAGGCCGAUAAGAAGAACGCAACCCAGGGCAAUCUCGACGAGGAGGUCGCUACGUGGGCUAUCCUCGAGGAACUCUACAGAGAAGGCAUCAUCAGGGGCCUCGGAAUAGCCGAGUUCGGCUCGGAAAAGCUUACAAACUUCCUAAAACGGGUUUCGGUUCGACCCGUCGUCGAUCAGAUCAACAUCCGCGACUGCUGCAAGGUGCCCCCGCUCCUUACGAAGCUCGCCAUGGAGGAGAACAUCGAGCUCUAUGUGCACACGGACUGCACCAACAUCCUUCCAAGUGGAACGUUGAGAGAACUUUUGGGCCGCGGCCCUCAGGGCGCUUCUGUCCUGGCCGACGUGGAUGAGGGCAUCGCCGGCCUGCAAGGCGAUAUCAUACCUCAAUGGGUCGUGAAGUACACGGCUUUUGUUAAGAACAGGGGUGUAAUUGAGAACAAGGGUUACUUUGCUGGUGCUGAAAUUAUAGAUGGGUGA